UCAAUUUAACACAAACUUUUUUGGGUUUUAAUUAAGAACAAAUACCUAGUUCUCUACACUAAUAAUAUUAUGAGUGCUUCUCUUCUAAUUUAGAUCUAAGUGCUUUCCCUUUUGCAAUCACUCAUACUUCUCCAUAUUUUGAAGAUUAUCUUUAUCUCUUUGUUAAACUUCUCCAUCUCUUCAUUUUUGACAAAAUUUUAUCUAUAUUUUAGUUUUCUUUUCAUUUUUGCAAGUUAGAACUCAAAACUAGCAAUUAACUAAAGCUUUUUUCCUUUUUGAUCAAGUUUUAAAGUAUAAUUUGUUUAUCAAACCUAGUAUGAAGAAGGUGGAAAUAAGUAGAGCAAGAAAGAUAUGGUGGAAAAUAGGAAUUUUCUUGAGAAAAUUGUUGAUUUAUGUUAUUUCAGUAGGUCCAAUUCCAACUCACGUUGCUUUUAUAAUGGAUGGAAAUAGAAGAUAUGCCAAAAAGAUGAAUCUUGGGUCGGAGGCAGCUGGUCAUACUGCUGGUUUCUUAUCUCUUAUGGCAAUGCUUAUUUAUUGUUGUGAGCUGCAUGUGAAAUAUGUAACAGCUUAUGCAUUUAGUAUCGAUAAUUUCAGACGAGGACAAGACGAGGUUCAAUCCAUUAUGGAUUUAAUCGAGGAAAAGAUUGAGUUGCUCAUUCAAGAAGAUAGUAUUGUGCAUCGUUACAAAGUUAGAGUGCAUUUUGCAGGUAAAUUACAACUUUUAAGUGAACCUGUGAAGGAUGCAGCCCAGAGAUUAAUGGCUUCCACAUCAGAUUAUACUACUAUUCUACUUACAAUUUGCGUAGCCUACUCUUCUACGGAUGAGAUUAUGCAUGCAAUUCAAGAAUCAUGUGAAGAAAAAAGGAGUGCAAUCGGUGGAUGCAAGCUUGUGCAGAUAGUGGACAUGGAGAAGCAUAUGUAUAUGGAAACUGCACCAGAUCCUGAUAUAUUGGUAAGAACAUCAGGUGUGGAUCGCCUAAGUAAUUUUUUGCUUUGGCAAAGUAGUUGUUGUUAUUUGGAGUCCAUUCAUGCUCUUUGGCCAGAAAUUUGUUUGGGACAUUUGAUUUGGGCAGUCAUCAAAUUUCAACAAAAUUACUCAUAUUUAGCAAAAAAGAAGAAACUAUUAUUUAGAUAAUUAUAUUUUGGCAUAAUUCAUUAAAAGGCCUUUGUAUUUUCAAUUUAUCUAGUUUGUUAUUUAUUAAGUUCAUGUAAUAAUUAUUUUUUAUUUGAAGGAUUAUUUAUAGACGGAAAUUAUGAGUAUGUAAUUCAGUCGUCGUUGAGUGGUUAAUAAUUUAUAUAUCAAAGAUGAAAAAAAAGCUCUUCUACUUUCAAAUUUUA